UUUUCUAUUUGGGAUUCGUGAGUUGAUGCGCGUAUGGCAUAUUAGUUCUAAUUUAAUUGCGGAAUAGGUCAGUUUGGCCACAUCACUUGUGCCGAGCGGAAAACAAAAUAGCAACAUUGUCGCACGAUUUCUUUUUCUUUUCUUCGAAAGUGAAUCCAACGAUAUUUUCGACGUGUUAGAAAAAGAGUUAGGAGAAAACAGUUUGAAAAUUGUGUUCAAAGCAAAUCCAGAUAAAAUAAUUCUUUUCUUAGAAUUUCGUUUACACAAUUGUUUUGAAAAACAUGUACGACACAAUUGGUAGCUAUAGCAGUUUGCUAUUAUUGUUUUUAUUUACGUCGUUAUUCGGUCUUGUUUACCAGUUUGUGUUGCGAUCGUGGUAUUACUUCAGUGAUCGAAAUGUGAAAUUUGUUCGUGGUGUACCGUUACUGGGCAGUACAUAUAAAUCAGUUAUCGGUUUGGAGCCCGCUGCAAUUUCAUAUCGACGAUUAUACGAUCGCUUUCCUGAGCAGAAAUUUAUCGGAAUCUAUGAUCUCGGCGGUCGACCCUCUUAUUUAUUACGUGAUCCUGAUUUGAUCAAACAGCUGAUGAUCACCGAUUUUGAUCAUUUUGUUAAUCACAGAUUCACAUUUGGCAAUGAAAAUGAUCUGUUUACGCACACCUUAUUCGGGAUGCGCAAUUCAAAGUGGCGACAAAUGCGUUGCACAGUGAGUCCAGCAUUUACAGGCACACGAAUGCGUAUGAUGCACGAGUUGAUGGUUAAAAGUAGUGAACAAUUUAUUGCCACACUUAAGGAGACUGAUAAAAUUGCCAAAAUAUUCGACUCUCGUGAUCUGUUCACACGUUAUGCUAAUGAUAUAAUUGCGACAACCGCAUUUGGCAUCGAAAUCAACUCAAUGCGUGAUUUAGAUAACGAUUUCUUCAAGGCCAGCUACUCGAUGAGUGAAUUUCGAUUUAUUGACGGUUUGAAAUUUUUAGCAUCGCUCAGUUGUCCAUCACUUGUUCAACUGCUGGAUAUUCGGGUGACCGGAGAGGAUAAUGCGGAUUUCCUGCGGAAAAUUGUGAAAGAAAAUAUUGAAAAGAGGAAAAAAGAUAAUAUCGUUCGAAAUGAUAUGAUUGAUCUUUUGAUUAAAGCUAGAAACGGACAGCUGGAACAUGCCGAUGGAGAUGAUAAGACAGACGUUGGCUUCGCCACCACGAUCGAAUCAAAUGUGGGCAAAUCGAGCGAGAAAGUUCAAAACUGGACCGACGACGACGUGGUCGCACAAUGUUUAGUGUUCAUUCUUGGCGGGCUAAAUGCCAUAGCCGGAACGGCAUGUUUCAUGUUCCACGAGUUGAGCCUUAACCCAGACAUUCAAGAUAAACUUUUUGCGGAAAUAAACGGUGUGAAAGAAGAGUUGAACGGGUCACCUUUGGCAUAUGAAUCGAUUUCAAAAAUGAAAUAUCUCGAUAAAGUUGUCUGUGAAACACUUCGACGUUGGUGCCCUGUACCAUUUCUGGAGCGUACAUGCAACCGUCCAUAUGUCUUAGAAAAUAAUGAGGAAAAAGUUGAACUUCAAGUUGGUGAUGGCAUUUUUGUACCGACAUAUGCACUGCACAUGGAUGACAAAUACUUCCGAAAGCCAAUUAAAUUCGAUCCUGAGCGAUUCAAUGACGAGAAUAAAGGUUCAAUUCAAACGGGCACCUAUUUACCCUUUGGAAUUGGUCCACGUAACUGUAUCGGAUCUCGAUUUGCUUUAAUGGCAAUCAAAACACUAGCUUUCUACUUGAUAUCUGAGUUCUUCGUUGAUAAAAGCUAUAAAACUCAAGAUCCACUUAAGCUAAAAGCGUUACCAUUGCUCAUGGAUGCAGAGAAAGGGUUUUUCAUUGAACUGAGACGCCGUCAGCCCGAUCGAACACCAUACAAAAGUCAAGUGUUCACAUAAAACCAACAUUGAUUUAGUUUUUAAGAAAAAAAAAAACAUCUUUAUACGCAAAUGGAUGUCCAUUGAUUUUUGUGCCAUAACAACAUUUUGUGCUGUGUAUUUAAAAUAAUAAUAUCAUUUAAUUGACCAUGAAAGUACGUAUAUUUUUGUUUUCUAAUAAUUUUCGUUACGAAAAAUAAACUUUGAAAUCUAUUACCGACCGAUACGA